UUGUUGAGCUCAGGCGCUCGCCGUAGUGCUGCCCCGCAGUGCCGAGGCGGGGCUCGACCAAGAUGGCGGCGGCAGCAGCGGCGGGGGGCGCGGCGGAUGCUCAGGCCCGCUUCGGCCACUCGGUGAAGGGGCUGCUGACCGAGAAGGUUACGAGCUGCGGCACCGACGUGAUCGCCCUCACCAAGCAGGUGCUGAAAGGCUCCCGGAGCGCCGAGCUCCUGGGUCAAGCUGCUCGAAACAUGGUGAUGCAAGAAGAUGCCAUCCUGCAUUCGGAAGACAGUUUAAGGAAAAUGGCCAUAAUAACCACUCAUCUACAAUACCAGCAGGAAGCAAUUCAGAAGAAUGUUGAGCAGUCAUCAAACCUACAGGACCAGCUGAAUCACUUGCUAAAAUGAAGCAUAGCUGAAGUCACAAGGACGUCUCAACCGGUGCUGAGGGCAGCCAGCAGUCCUUUCCCCUCCCGAGUCAGCUAUUUAGUGCUCUGGCUGGCUGGGGCUGGGUGUCAGCUGGGAUGUAUGCAGAGCGUGUGUUCCUGAGCAUAUGGGCGCCUCUCAUGUUCCCAUCCACGUCUCCAUCUCUGGAACGCACGCCUGCUUGCCUGCAUCGAACCGAAACAAACUCAGCAGAAACUUUCCUUCCCCCGAUGAUUCCUGUGCUCGUUUACUUUCUGUGAGUAGCAUGAAGUGCUCGGCCGCACCAGCACCUCAGGCAUCCAAGCCGUUCAGCUAACGGAUCACUGGGCAUAUGCCUGAAAUGGUUGGCCAGUGCAGCAUCCAGCAUGUGAUACUCCUUCUGUCCAAGGUCUUUUGUCUUUCAUGGCUGUAGUAGGGUGAUUUUCCUUUCUGUCUCUAACCUCUGCUCAGUUAGGAACCAUCUCCUGUGAGAUGAUGGAAGGAGGGUCGUUAUGUCUGCCCAGGACCAGGAAUCACAGAGCCAGUUUUUUCAGACACAUUUGUUUUCCCUCAUCCCUCCCCCCCAAGAAAUGCAGAAAAUAGAGCUGUGGGUUUUAAAUACACAUGCCUGCAGUUUGACACUGGUACUUGGGCAUGGAGAUGAUCAGUGCGAUUUAUUUAGGGCAUGUUAAUCAGUGGGAGCUCUAAGUGCUCUGGUGGGUGAGAGUGGUGCUUCAGUGCAGACUGAGGUGCCAGUCCCAAGGCAGAAUUUUUAAAAGCAGGAAUCUGGGCACGCACCCUCUGUCAGUGGUCCAGCUGGAUACUGUUUGAUAAGCAUCCUGCUCUGAGGUUAUCUUAUUUUCCACAAAGCCGGAGUCUGGAACGUCCUCCCCUUGCCAGCCCAUCUGCACUGCCUUUGGCCUUCAACUGCAUUCCUGUUCCUGGGCUGCUGCUCCAGCUCUCAAUUAAACAGUCUUGGAUGUGUUGUGUGUUUGUAUGGGAUCGGGAAGGUAUCCAAAGGCACAGCUGGGAAGCGGGUAGUGGGGGGGAAAAGGCAAAAAAAAAAAUACUGCAAGCCUGUAUUCACUUCUGAACUGUUGUGUGUAUGAGGAUUAGCAGCUGGGCUCCUGUUCACUUCCCAGGGAGCAAGAUUGGGUCCAGGCUAUAAAUAUUGUGUCUGGUUUUUGUAAGUCACUUAUCUGGAGCACUUGGAGCACACUGGAAGCACUUCAUUGCCUGAGUGUGCUUUUCAUCAGCUGAUAUGACAAGGCAGAUGGAUAGCGGAGAUCAGCCGCCACGUUCCUGUUGUAGAUCUGCAGCGAAGUGCUGCAGGGUUUCGGUUCCCGCGUGGCAGAGCCUUUUCUUGGGCUGGUUUUACUCUGAUUGCCAUCCUUUGCACUGCUGCUGCCUGCUCGGGCCUCACCUUGUGGCAGCCCAUCUCCUGCGUCCCCGUGAAGGUACUGCUGUCAGCCCAGGCUAAUCUAAUCAGCCCAGCAGUACUGUUAGCUUAUGCUGUGUGCUGUGCCUCUACUCUAACGUGGACACAGCCCAGGAGGGUGUAAAAAGCUAAAAUGAUUUGCUUUACUGUCGUAAAAGGCUUGGGUUUCUA